UCCAGCUAUGGCCGCCAUUACCUGACAAGUACCAGAGCUGGUCUCUGCGCUCCUGGAGAGGCUGUCAGAGUUGUUUCUGCUUUUCACACUGCAGGCUUCUGGUCUGUGGCGGGGAAGAGAAUUCUGCCCCUGAGGCAUGGCCGGAAGGCAGAACUAGCCUGUGUGCCUCAGACUGCAGAAGUCUUUCAGGAUUCAGCUGAGGUGGGCCUUCAGUCGGCAGACAAGAUGCUCCUGGCUCUGGGGCUCACGCUGGCGCUCUAUGCAAGCCUCCAGGCUGAGGAAAACUCCUUCACCAUCAACAGCAUCCAUAUGGAAAGCCUGCCAUCGUGGGAGGUGGCGAAUGGGCAGCAACUGACCCUGCAGUGCCUUGUGGACAUCAGCACCACCUCGAAAACCAGGUCUCAGCACCGGGUGCUGUUCUAUAAGGACGAUGCGAUGGUUUAUAACGUCACGUCCGGGGAGCACACCGAGAGCUAUGUCAUUCCUCAGGUGCGGGUCUUCCACUCCGGGAAGUACAAAUGCACCGUGAUCCUGAACAACAAGGAAAAAACCACGAUUGAGUACGAGGUGAAGGUGCAUGGUGUAUCCAAGCCCAAGGUGACACUGGACAAAAAGGAGGUGACAGAGGGCGGGGUCGUGACAGUCAAUUGUUCCUUGCAAGAAGAAAAGCCACCGAUCUUUUUUAAAAUUGAAAAAUUAGAACUGGGGACAAAGUUUGUCAAGCGAAGGAGAGACAAGACCUCCAACGAGAACUUUGUGCUCAUGGAAUUCCCCAUUGAGGAGCAGGACCACGUGUUAGUGUUUCGCUGCCAAGCCGGGGUCCUGUCCGGAUUCAGAGUGCAGGAGUCAGAACUCAUCAGGAGUGAAUACGUCACCGUGCAGGAGUCCUUCUCUACUCCCAGGUUUCAAAUCGAGCCUCCUGGGAUGAUCAUAGAAGGGGACCAGCUACACAUUAGGUGCAAAGUUCAAGUGACACACUUGGUCCGGGAGUUUCCAGAAAUUAUAAUCCAAAAAGACAAGGCGAUUGUAGCCACCUCCAAGCAAGGCAGUGAAGCUGUCUAUUCAGUCAUGGCCUUGGUCGAGUACAGUGGACACUACACCUGCAAAGUGGAAUCAAACCGCAUCUCCAAGGCCAGUAGCAUCAUGGUCAACAUAACAGAGCUGUUUCCCAAGCCGAAGUUAGAGCUCUCCUCCAGUCGUCUGGACCAAGGGGCGAUGUUGAACCUGUCCUGUUCUGUCUCGGGCACACCUGUAGCCAACUUCACCAUCCAGAAGGAGGAGAAGGUCUUGUCACAGUAUCAGAAUUUCAGCAAGAUCGCUGAGGAGAGGGACAGCGGGGAAUACAGCUGUACUGCGGGCAUCGGCAGAGUGGUCAAGAGAAGCGGCUUGGUAAAGGUCCAGGUGUGCGAAAUGCUCUCGAAGCCCAGGAUUUUUCACGAUGCCAAGUCUGAGAUCAUAAAAGGACAUGCCAUAGGCAUCAGCUGCCAAUCUGAAAAUGGAACUGCACCCAUCACUUACCACCUUAUGGAAGCAAAGAGCGACUUCCAGACCCUCGAGAUGACCUCCAAUGACCCAGCAACAUUCACAGAUAAGCCCACCAGAGAUGUGGAAUACCAGUGCAGAGCGGAUAAUUGCCAUUCCCACCCCGAGGUGCUCAGCGAGAUCCUGAGGGUCAAGGUGAUAGCCCCGGUGGAUGAAGUUAUGAUUUCCAUCCUGUCGAGUAACGAGGUACAGUCUGGAAGUGAGAUGGUACUUCGGUGCUCUGUGAAAGAGGGGACGGGCCCGAUCACGUUUCAGUUUUACAAAGAAAAGGAGGACAGACCCUUCCACCAAGAGGUCGUGAAUGACACCCAAGCGUUUUGGCACAACAAACAAGCUAGCAAAAAGCAGGAAGGACAGUACUACUGUACAGCCUCCAACAGAGCCAGCGUUAUGAGGACCAGUCCCCGAAGCAGCACUCUUACAGUCAGAGUCUUCCUUGCCCCGUGGAAGAAAGGGCUCAUUGCGGUGGUCGUCAUUGGAGUGGUCAUCGCCACCUUGAUAGUUGCAGCCAAAUGCUACUUCCUGAGGAAAGCCAAGGCCAAACAGAAACCCGUGGAGAUGUCCAGGCCAGCUGCUCCACUUCUGAACUCCAACAGUGAGAAGAUUUCUGAGCCUCGUGUGGAAGCCAACAGCCAUUAUGGUUACGAUGUUCUUCCUGGAAACGAUGCAGUAAAACCCAUAAAUCAAAAUAAAGACCCCCAGAACAUGGAUGUAGAAUACACAGAAGUGGAAGUGUCCUCCCUUGAGCCACACCAAGCUCUGGGAACGAGAGCCACAGAGACGGUGUACAGUGAGAUCCGGAAGGUCGACCCUAAUCUCACGGAAAACAGAUACUCUAGAAUGGAAGGCUCCCUUGAUGCAACUUAAGACAGCCAAGGCAGGCGCACACCCCUGGGAGGUCGUCCGUGUACCGAGAAGAGCGGCCGACGCCUGGAUUGCGAGAAUCCUGUGCACGUAUUGAUGAGCCUGUCCCCACCGAAAGUAGCCAAGCCAUUCAGUUUUGAACGCCCCUGCCUUGUUAAUGUUGGGUAUACAGAGACUCAGAGGCGCUAUUCAGUGGCCAGCCUGACCUGUCUUCCUUGCGUUUUUGGGAGGUGAAAGGGGGUUCCAGGAGAAUAAUACCCUGGAAUAUUAUUCUGAGGCUCAAAUGUUGCGUCUCGGAUAGACAGAGUGCUUCUCCGUGGGUCCUCCUGCACAGAAGCCUCCUUCCGCUCUGUCGUCAAUUUUUUGUUUUGUUUCCGUUGUUCUUCUCCUUCUGGGUUGAUCUUAAUCUUUGGAGGUAUACAGUGCUGCUCAGGUUCGCCUGGUCCCGUGUGGCCUCCCACACACACACAAAGGGAACCAGCUGACUGGGAGCAAUGCCCGCGGAAUUGCCAGUCACUUGAAGACAGACCUCAAGCCAGCAAUGGCAAGGCUAGAAACUGGAGCGAGCGCUUAAAGCGUGCCUUGAUCUUCCUUUCUGCUCCAUGCCGAAGGCCCAAAGAAGAGAAAUGGCUGGCUACAGCAACUGUUAUUAUUAUUAUUAUUUUUUAAAUAGUAAAAGCCAAUGUGUACUUUUCUCACUAAUUUUUCUUUAUUUAUUCCCCGCUAAAGCAACAGUCUCCUAAGGUCUGAGCUGUUUCCUAGGGUGGGCUUGAGUGGGUGGGAUGGAGGGACUGCCGACAUUUUGAGUACUAUCAUACCUAACCCUCGUCGCCUUCCCUGAUUGCCUCAGCCACCCAGCUACAGGGCCCCUGAGGGGAGUUGUAUUAAAUAAAAUUGAUGUUUACUCUUCA